AUGGGACGUUUACUGGGGCUCGAAUUGCACAAUUUUAAAUCCUACAAAGGUACCACGAAAAUCGGAUUUGGAGAUUCAAAUUUUACAAGUAUUAUUGGACCUAAUGGUUCAGGUAAAAGUAAUAUGAUGGAUGCAAUCUCUUUCGUCCUGGGGGUCCGUAGUAGCCAUCUGCGGUCACAUCAAUUGAAGGAUCUGGUAUAUAGAGGUCCCUUACAAGAAAAUUCAAUGGAGAUGGAUGAUGAUAAUAAUGAAAGUGAAAAUGAAAAUGAGAAUGAGAAUGAGAAUGCUUAUGUUUGUGCAUUUUAUAAAAAAAAUGAUAAUGUAAUUAAAUUACAAAGAAAUAUUUCAAUACAUGGAGAUAGUGAUUAUAAGAUUAAUGAUAAAAUUGUCUCUUAUAAAGAAUAUGCAAAAUGGUUAGAAAAUGAAAAUAUUCUUGUUAAAGCAAAAAAUUUUUUAGUAUUUCAAGGUGAUGUUGAACAAGUUGCAUCACAAUCUCCGAUGGAUUUAUCCAAAUUAAUCGAAGAGGUUUCUGGCUCAAAUCAAUAUAAAUUUGAAUAUGAAAAAUUACAAGAUGAAGUUAUAAUGUUAGGUAAAGCAACCGCAGAUGCUAAUAAAAAUAGUAAAAGAGCAGAAAACGAAUUAAAGACUUUAGAACAAGGAAUUAAUCAAGAUAAUGAAUAUAAAAAUAAUAUUAAACAAAAGAAAACUUUGCAAAAACAUUAUGCAUUAUGGCAAUUAUAUCAUUUAGAAAAGACUCGUCAAUCAUUUACUAGUACAAUUAAACAAUCAAAUGAAAAAAUUAAUCAAUUGAAAAAAAAAUUAAUUGAUGAAGAACGUAAUUUAAUAAGAGCUCAAAAAUUAGUAUCUCGUGAUGCAACAAGUAUUACAAAGAAUAAAAACACAUUGGAAUAUAUACAAAGAGAUCAUGAAAAAUUAAUUUCUGAUUUAAAAUUAGUUCAUUUACCACAACAAACUACUAAGAGACGUAUAGAUUCAAUUGAACAAAGAAUUACUACUUUUGAAAAAGAUAUAGAGAGACAAAAAUCCUAUAUUGAAAGAUUUGAAAAACAAUUAAAAGUUAUUAAUAAAGCAAAAAAGAAUUUUGAAGAGGAAAUUAUAGAAAUUAAUAAGAAUCAAAUAGAUUAUCAAUUAUCUAAGGAAGAAUUAGUAGAGUAUGAACAAUUGAAAGGUAAAUAUUUAGCAACAGGUGGUGCUCCAAUUGAAGAAUCAUUAGCUUUAUUAGAAAACGAUAAAGAAGAAGUUACAAUUGAAUUAAAUAGAUUUGAAAAAAUAUUAAAUGCAACACAUGAAAAAAUUAAUAAUGAAAUUCAAAUUAAUUUAGAAGAUAAAAAAUUAGAAUUAGAAAAAUUAACAUCUUCAUUAAAUGAUAAAAAUGCUCAACAUACAGGAAAAGUUAAUGAAUUAAAGGAUUUACAAUCGCAAAUAGAAUCUAAUAGUAAUAAAGAAUACGAUCUCAAUUAUAAACUAAGGGAAACUUUGGUUAGAAUUGAUGAUUUAAGUGCAAAUCAAAGAGAAUCAUUAAAGGAGAAAAAGACUCGUGAGAAUGUCACAGCUUUGAAAAGAUUCUUCCCCGGCGUAAGAGGUCUUGUUCAUGAUUUAUGUCAUCCAAAGAAGGAUAAAUAUGCUUUGGCUGUCUCUACUGUUCUUGGUAGAAAUUUUGAUUCCAUCAUUGUGGAUUCUAGUGCUACCGCUCAAGAAUGUAUUUCAUAUCUAAAGAAACAAAGGACAGGUGCUGCAUCUUUUAUCCCAUUGGAUACAAUUGAAUCUGAAGUCGCAUCAUUACCUGUAUCUGGUGGAGCUAAUGGUUAUUUAUUAGCCAUCAAUGCUAUGGAAUACGAACCACAAUAUGAAAGAGCUAUUCAAUAUGUUUGUUCAAACACUAUUAUUUGUGAUACUUUAAACAUUGCUAAAAAAUUGAAAUGGGAACAAGGAAUUAAUUCAAAAUUAGUUACACUCGAUGGUUCAUAUAUUCAUAGAGCUGGGUUAAUGACAGGUGGUACUUUAAAGAAUCAAAAUAAUAGAUGGGAUAAAGAAGAAUAUCAAAGUUUAAUGGUUUUGAAAGAUAAAUUAUUAAUGGAAAUUGAAGAUUUGACUGCUUCUACUUUAUCUGCAUCUUUGAAAGCAAGAGACCUCGAGAGUGUAAUCUCCAUGUUGAAUUCUGAGAUUGCUAACAUUCGUAUCAAUUUAACACAAACAACUAGAGCCAUUGAUGAUAUAAAAAUUGAAUUAACAAAUCAAAAUGAAUUAAUAGAAAAAGAAUAUUUACCAAAGAUUUCUUCGUUAAAGGAAAAAAUUAAAGAAUUAGAUAAUUUAAUAGAUUUGAAAAAUCAAGAGAAAGAAACUUUACAAGAUAUGAUAUAUAAAACAUUAACUGAAAGAGUUGGUUUCACUGUAAAAGAUUAUGAGAGUCAUUCUGGAGAAUUAAUGAGAAAACAAAACAAAGAAUUAAAACAAUUACAAAAAGAAAUUUUAACAGUUGAAAAUAAAUUAGAAUUCGAAGUAGAAAGAUUAGCCACUACGGAGAAGAGAUUUGAAAAAGCACAAACUGAUUUACAAAAAACCAAGGCAGAAUUGAAAUCGCUUCAAGAUGAAGAAUCACAUGCACAUUCAAAGAUCUCUAAGAAUGAAACAAAGAUACAAGAACAAAAUGAAGAAAUCACUAAAUUACAAGAAUCUUUAAUUGCUAAACAACGUGAAUUGGCGGUUACAGAAGGUCGUGUUACUGAUUUAGAGUCACAAAUUGAAACACAAAGUCGUCAAAUUGAUGAAAUUAAUGGUGAUGGUGAAAAGAUAGAAUUAGAGAGAGUUGGUAUAUUACAAAAUUGUAAAAUAGCAGGUAUUCAAAUUCCUGUUCUUUCAAGUACAGAUUUAGCAGAUCUUCCAAUUGCACAAAUUGAUGAUAAAACUUUAGAUAUAUCAAAAAAAAUUGAUAUAGAUUAUGAUGAUUUACCUAAAAAAUAUAAAGAAAACAAAGGUCAAUCAAUUCGUACAGAAUUUAUUUCAAAGAUUAAAAAUGCUGAUGAAAAAUUAAGUGUUUUACAACCAAAUGCUAGAGCCUCUGAGAGACAUAAUGAUGCAAUGGAAAGAUUUAAAGAGAUCAAUGAAGAGAGAACUAAUUUAAAAGAAAAGGAGAAUCAUGCAAUGAAACGUUUCCGUGAAGUUAAAACCGCUAGAAAGAAUCUUUUUGAAAAGGCCUUUGAUCAUGUUAGUGAACACCUUUCAGUUAUCUACAGAGAAUUAACUAGAAAUCCAAAUUCAUCUAUGGAAUUAAGUGGUGGUAAUGCAUCUUUAACUUUGGAAAAUGAGGAUGAGCCAUUUAAUGGUGGUAUUAGAUAUCAUGCUACUCCACCUUUAAAAAGAUUUAAAGAUAUGGAAUAUUUAUCAGGUGGUGAAAAGACUGUUGCUGCAUUAGCCCUUUUAUUUGCCAUUAAUUCAUAUCAUCCAAGUCCAUUCUUUGUAUUAGAUGAAGUUGAUGCUGCAUUAGAUAUUACUAAUGUAGAGAGAAUUGCCAUGUAUAUUAGAAGACAUGGUAACCCAGAUUUACAAUUUAUUGUCAUAUCUUUAAAGAGUUCAAUGUUUGAAAAAUCUGAUGCAUUGGUUGGUGUCUUUAGACAACCUAAUGAAAAUACAUCAAAAGCUGUUACAUUAGAUUUACGAAAUUACGCAGAUUAG